ACAACCAGAGGCCCUCCAUGGCCCAUCCGAGAAUCUCUCUCGUCUUCUCCUCGCCAACGGGGAUCACAUGUUACAGUUUCUUCGAGGCAGACCUUUCUCAAUUCUCUUUCAAGCUUUAUCAAAUUCGGCUUCACUUGUUUUCCUCACCUCGAUCAUACAAUAAGAACAUAAAAUUUCCAUUCUUUAUCUUUAUUAAGCAGUUUCACUGAUUCUGGAAUAUGAGAGAGAGCUUCCAAUUCGGCUAGCGCAUCAACCUGGUAGAAAAUCAGCCAUCUGAGUAAGUCGAAGCAAAUGAUUUCUAUACGCAAAGAUUUCUCGACACAAGUUUACUCUAGAUACUCUUUUUUGAUGCACGCUUGUUUCUCUUAUCACUCUAAAAGCUUUUGUAGUUCUGCAUUUCCUUUAUUAACCUACUUGAACCAUUACUCUAAAAGCUAUUGUCUUUUCAAUGCCACUGUCAAUUCUUUCAAUUGUAUGAACGUUUUAGCCCGGACCCACAUUGCCCCAACUUCCUUUUUGCCUUCAAAUGCAAAAUUUCGUGGUUUUUUGUGUUCUUUUUACUCCACUAGAGCACCAUCAAGGUCAUAUAGAAGGAGACAAAGUAAAAGGUUGAAAGCUAGUAGGAAAUCUGUUCUUGAUGAAACUAAGUUUCAAGAAGCAAUUUCCCAACUCCCAUCAAGAUUCACUAAUGAAGAACUGUGCAAUGUCUUAACUCUUCAAGACAAUGCUUUGGUAUGUUUUGAUAUAUUUAAUUGGGCAUCACAGCAGCCUAGGUUUAGGCAUGAUGCAUCCACUUUUCAUGUUACUAUAAAGAAGCUUGGUGUUGCUAAAAUGUACCAAGAAAUGGAUGAUGUUGUUAACCAAGUGCUUGCUGUUCCUCGUAUUUGUAAUGAACCUUUAUACAACACAAUUAUCUAUUUCUUCACUGAAGCUAGGAAGUUGACUAGAGCAGUGAAUAUAUUUAACCACAUGAGAAAUGGUCCAAACUUGGAUUGCAGGCCUUCCAUUCGAACCUAUAAUAUUCUUUUCACAGCAAUGUUGAGUAGGGGAAAAAACUCCUAUAUAAAUCAUAUUUAUAUGGAGACUAUUAGAUGUUUGUUUAAGCAGAUGGUCAAUGACGGAAUUGAGCCUGACAUUUACUCAUUAAAUUCUAUGAUAAAAGGAUAUGUACUUUCGCUUCAUGUGAAUGAUGCAUUGAGAAUUUUCCAUCAAAUGGAUGUGGUCUAUAACUGCUUGCCCAAUUCAUACUCCUAUGAUUAUCUGAUCUAUGGGUUGUGCGCUCAAGGUCGAACAAAUAAUGCUAGGGAGUUGUGUGAUGAGAUGAAGAGAAAAGGGUUUGUUCCAAGUAGCAAGUCGUAUAAUUCAAUUGUGAAUGCUUUGGCUCUUGGUGGAGAAGUUGAGGAAGCAAUGAAUUAUUUAUGGGAGAUGAUUGGGAAACAUAGGUCACCUGAUCUCAUCACAUACAGGACAUUGUUGGAUGAGAUUUGCAGGCAAGGAAGGAUUAGAGAGGCUGUGGACUUGUUGAAGGAGUGGGGAGAGAAAAACCUUGUGGAUGGGCCUACUUAUAGGAAGCUCGAAUGUGUGCUUGAAGAUGAUGGAAAUUCAAAUGACAACAAAUGGAUCAGUUAGGUCAACUCAAGCUUAUAAGUUUGACAAUCAUCAACAAUUGUGAAAUCUGUGAACUGUGGAACAACGCCUCAGAGAAUGUGAGGAUGGUGCAGCGUGGGCAUCACUUCGAUGUGGAAAUAUGAAGGAAUAUGCAUCAUCUUAGAUUUUAGAGUUAUCUUUCUGAAGGGAGUAAGAACCAAGAAAUGCAUAGAGAGGAUAAUAGCUAAGGCUGUUGCCUGUAAUCAAUGGUUUAUGAUUCUACCAUGAUCCUCUGGUCUGCAACUACUGAAUGUUAUUGCCUCACCUCACACAGUGUAAAUUGGCUAGUAUUUUCCAGGGUUCAGCAAUGUGCCUACAUCCACAGAUAGCCACCUCUGAUUUUCACUGAAAAAGAGGUGGUCACAAGCACUUCUUUAUGGAGGUACAAGAGAUUUCCUUUUAGAAGUAGGAAUAGGAGAAACUCCAAUGGUAAGAAUAACCUUUGGAGAUCAGAAUGUAUUAGGCUAACAGCAUUCCACUGUAAUGUGGGAUUCACUCUUUCUAACCCCCCCCUUCUCUCCUCCUCUUUCUUUAUUUUUGCAUUGAACUUUCUAUAUUCGGUU